AUGCACCGGCAAGAGCUGGAGGUGGCGAUGUCCGAGCAUUUCGACGGCGGUGGUCCGGACCACAACCACCACAAUGGCUGCUAUCUGAAUGGGAGGCCCGAUGCUGCCGCCCUUGACGAUGGAGCCGAGAAGGCGGCAUGGCACCAUGAGGCGAUCCAUGCACGCCCCAAUCACCUCGGGCCCCGCAUCGAGAAUGUGAGCUUCGUCCGAAUCGCGGCGCCGGAGACAAAGGCAGACGAGCUGUUUGAGACAAACGGGGCUAUUGCCGUGACCAUACCGGCGGAGGCCCAAGAGCAAUCCGAGCGCUCCGAGCGCUCCGAGAGGUCGGGAAAGAGUUCGGAGAACCCUCUCAAGUCGGGGCGAACAUCACAAGUGAGCGCGGCCGUGGCUCUCGUGGAGGAUACCGUGGAAGAAGUCGCCGAGUUCGUCGACUACGGGCGCAAGUUGCUGCAGGAUCAGGGCCUGGGCUUUAAGGAGCUGGACUUGAUCGUGGGAGUGCUUAUCGCCAUCAACACCAUCGUGAUGAUGAUUCGGAAUGAGUACUUGGGCUACGAAGCGGGUGUCCAGCUUGGCCAGAUGGAUAGUAACCCCCUUUCCGGUCUCAACGAUGUCCUGGUGUUCUUGGAGCGGGGCUUCGCAAUCGUCUUCCUGAUCGAGCUCGUCAUCCGCAUCCUUGUCCUCCGCUGCCAGUACUUCUGCUCGCUCUGGAACUGGUUCGAUGUGAUCUUGGUUCUCAUCAGCAUGUUUGAUCUAUUCUUGCUCGAAGCAAUGAUGAUCGAAUACGAGUUUACUGUGAACGUGACCAUGAUGCGCCUCGCACGGACGGUGAAGCUGGCGAGAGCUUUCAGGAUCAUGCGCACUCUGCGCAUGUUCGAAGGGCUGCGUGUCCUGGUCCAUUCGGUCAGUGCUUUCCUGCCCUCGCUGAUGUGGGCCAUGAUCUUCCUUGGGCUCUUCAUAAUAGCCGGUGGCAUCCUUCUUGGUGGCCUCCUUCACGGAUUCACGGUGGACCCGGCAUCCGACCCCGACCUUCAGCUCUGGACUUGGCGGCACUAUGGAACGGCUUCGCGGGCCAUCUAUACGAUGUUCGAGAUCACUUUUGCGGGGUCAUGGCCUCUGUAUGCAAGACCUGUGAUCGAAGACAUAGCAGUCGGCUAUUCGCUCUUCUUCGUCGCUUACAUCGUCUUUGUUGUUUUUGCAGUGAUCCGCGUAAUCUCCGCAAUUUUCCUCAAGGAGACGUUGGAUGCUGCGCAGAAUGAUGCCCAGCUUGUCGUGCGGGAGAAGGCCAAGGCGAGCCAGGAGUACGUCAAGCGCCUGAACAAAGUGUUCCGGACCAUGGACGUUUCGCAAGACGGGGUAGUGUCCAAGGACGAGUUCCUCCAACUCUGCCAAGACCCGACGAUUCGGAGCUACAUGACGUCCCUGGAUGUGGACGUGAAUGAUGGCUCUCACCUCUUCAAGUUGUUGGAUGACGGUGACGGCAACUUGACCUACGAAGAGUUCAUCGGGGGCAUGAUGCGGUUCAAAGGAAGUGCCAAGGCCAUCGACGUGAUUUACCUGCAAAGAGAGGUGGAGUGGCUGCAGAUGGAACUGCUUCGGCUUAGCCACGCCAUCAUCGGCCCCAACGAGAAGGAUCCACGGCACAAGAGAGCGGGGAGGAGACACUCUGGCUUGAUUCGAGCCAAGACAGACGAUGUGGACAAGAUCGAGUCGCCCGAAGUCCCACACGAUCUCCUCAGUGGCCUGCUGAAGAAGUAA